AUGGAUUUUGAAAAACUAUUAAAUACAAAAAGUAACAGAAAAGCAGAAAGAAAACAAAAGAAAGAAUUUAAAAAAUUAGCCAAAGAGGCUUUUCAUAGAAAAAAAAAUUUAAAAGAGGUGAUUGAGGAAAAAUUUCGUAAAUCAAAAAAUGAAGAAAAUAAUAUAAAUAUUGAGAGUUGUAAAAAAAAAAAUAAAAAAAAGAAAAAUAGGAAUAAAAAGAAUAAAGAAGCUUCCGAGGUGGAGGAUUAUAAAAGGAGGAUGUUUCAAGAUCCUAGUGAUUGUAAGGUAGAAAAAUUAAGUAAAGAAGAGGAAAGAGAAAGAAAAGAAAUGCUAAGAAGAGAAGCAGAAAGAGAUGAUGAUGAUAUACAACAUUAUGAAAAAUUAUUAGGACUUAAUAAAAAAAAGAAGAAAAAAGAUUAUGAUGAUGAUGGUUUAGAUUAUCUUUUAGAUUUUUGUGAUUUAGAAAGUAGGAAAAUUGUUGUUGAAGAAGAAGAAAAAAUUGGUGAAGUGAAUGUAGAAAAAUUAAACAAAACUGAGGAUAUGGAUGUUGAAGGAUUCUUUAAUGAGAGUGAUAAUGAAAUUGAUGAAACAAAUAAUGAUGAAGAAGAAGUAGAGAUGGAUGAAGAAGAAUUAGAGAUGGAUGAAGAAGAAUUAGAAAUAGAUGAAGAGGAAAUAGAAAUGGAUGAGGAAGAAAAAACCUCACCUACAUCUAUGGAUGGUGAUAUUAUGUCUGAUGAAGAUGAAGAUAUUGUUGAAGAUAUAUAUGGAAGACGUAUUUAUAAAUCUACUAAAGAGCUUGUUGAUAAAGAAUCUAGAUUACAAGAAAAAUUAUCAAAACUUGAUGAAAAUAAAUCAGAAGAAUCUAAAGAAGAAACAAUUAAAGUUGAAAAAACAAUAAGAGCUCUCAUGAAUCGUCUUAGUGAGGUGUCUUUUGUUAAUUCACAAAAAAUAAUGCUUGAUACAUGGAAUCAUUAUAGUAAAAAUGAUGUUAAACGUUUAACUUAUAAACUUCUCCUACAAGCUAUAGAUAAAAAUUAUGAAAUGGCUGAUAGGAUGAUUAUGGAGUAUGCUGCUUUUUUAACAAUUAUGCAUUCAACAAUAUCAAAUGAAAUAACAUUUUAUAUAAUUGAACAUCUGGUAUGUGAUUUUGUUAAAAGAAUCAAACAAAAAAUAGAUAAUGAAGAGUAUAGACUUUGUAAUAUUGGAAGAUUUCUAGGUAAUUUAUAUAAUUUUAAAGUUAUAAAUGCAAAUUUUUUAAUUGAAUUAUUUACAAUAAUUUGUCAAAAUAUGAGUGAAUGCAAUUUAUCAUUACUUCAAUCAAUGUACAUGACAACAGGAAGUUCUUUAAAAAAAAGAGAUAGCACUUUAUUUGAUGAACAUUUAUCAUUUAUGAAAAAAAAAUUACCUUUAUUAGAAGAUAUUCAAGAUAAUUUUAAAUUAAAAUUUUUAGUUGAAGAAUUAUUAGAAUUAAAAAUUGUUAAUGUGAUAAAAUUUACUACAAAAUUUGAUGAAAAAGAUAUGCUUCAUAUGGUUAAAGUUAUUCAAAGUUUUGUUAGAGGUAAUAGUCAAAAAGAAGGAGUAUUAGGAAUGAGUGUUGAUGAUUUAUUACAUGCCUCAGAAAGAGGAAGAUGGUGGAUUGUUGGUUCUGCCUGGCAACCUUCUGCAAAUCCUUCAUCUAAAGAAGAUAUAAAUAAUAAAAGAUGUAGUCUUAUGAAUUUUGAUUCAUCAUUAUUAGAAUUAGCUAAAAAAGCUAAAAUGAACCUUGAACAUCGUAAAAAUAUUUUUUGUAUUAUAAUGUCAGGUGAGGAUGCUUUGGAUGUCUUUCAACGUAUCAUGUCAUUAAAAUUAAAAGAAACUCAGGAACGUGAUAUAAUUCAUGUUGCAAUUAUAUGUUGUACAUUAGAAAGUAAUUAUAAUCCUUUUUAUGGAUAUAUUAUUGAACAAUUCUGUUCUUAUAAUAAUCGUUUCAAGUUAACGACUCAGUUUGCUUUAUGGGAUAGGAUAAAAAAUUUGAAUGAAUUAAAGAAGAGACAAAGAAAUAAUUUAGCCUCCUUAAUUGGUGAUUUAAUUAAAAAUGGAAGUGUUACUUUAGGAGUCUUAAGAAUAGUUGAUUUUAGUGAUAUUAAUGGUGUCACUGGAAUAACUCUUAAAAAUAUUUUUUCAAGAUUAUUUACAACUACUAGUGUUUCUAAAAUAAAUGAAAUUUUUGAAAAAUUACUUUCUAAUCCAAAAUUUGAUUUGUUAGCUCAAGGAUUACAAAUAUUUUUUGAAAUUAAAUAUAAUGAUGAUGAGGAUGCUAAUAAAGAAUUCAAAUUACGUUUGGAUGUUGUUAAAAAUUUACUAUCAACAAGAGAUCAGUAA